AUGCUCUGGACAACAAGUAGAAAUGGUGGUACAAAUAAAGAAUGUAUGUAUAAAGAGGUUCAAAUAAUUAACACGCCCGGUAAUAGUACUGCAGUUGGUGCCACUAUUAUAAUCACUUGGACAUAUACCCCACAAGCGAAUGCACUUCCAGGCAUUUUAAGUGUUGUCGAUUACACAUCUAAAAACUCAAUUAUAAUUAGCAAUUCCAUAAAUCUAAAUAUUCAAUCUUACACAUGGAUAGUCAAUGUUCCUGCGGGAACUUAUUACCUUAUCCUCAAUGACGGCUCUGAUAUUAAAUAUUCUGGAAAUUUCACAGUCUUCCAACCCGCAGGUGCGGCUCCAACUUCGAUUGCUCCAGCUGCUCUAACUUCAGUUAUUCCAGCUGCUCCAACUUCAGUUAUUCCAGCUGCUACAGCUUCACCUCCAAAUUCACCCGACGUUCCUCAUAGUGCCCCUAAUUUCCCUCCUGCCCUUCCUGUUCAACCAACUUCUUCUCCAGAAAAAUCAUCUUCAUCUAAUGUUGGAAUUUAUAUUGGUGUUGCUAUAUGUGGUAUUGUAGUGGGUUUAAUCUUUGCUUUUGUUGGGAAUCGUGUAUAUAAAAAACAUAAAAACUCAAAAUUUGUUCCAACGCCUAGUAGCGCUAACCACUAUAUGCUACAUUAA